UGGAAUAUCCAGAUGCGGCAUGAAAGCGGAAUGGCGAGGCGCCCCAUGCGUGUGGAGAGAUGUAAACUUAGGGUUUGCGAGCGCAAGAGGGAAGCAUGAGCGUAGGCGAGAGCGGCGGGGCGUCUGAUGGAUCCGAUGAUUAUGAGGAGGAGGAGGAGGAGCUGGUCGAUCAGCACCCCAGGCGUGGCGCCGCCGUUGCCGCGGCCGCCGCAGCUUACGAAUCCGCCGCCACCGGUAGCAGCAAUCACCGGCGCAUGCCCCAGCUCCAGGCAAGGUUAGCCGCCAUUAGCUCGCAGAAAAUGGAGAGAUCGAAAGAAAUAUCGGGCACGGCGGGGUCGGCUGCCGCUGCCGGUGCCAAUUCUUUCCUCUUUUUGAAUUCUUUCUCUCACGGUAGCGCUAGUGUUAGCCAGUCCACGCCGGCCGCCAAUGCGGCUGGGAUCAGCAACAAUGGUGCCUCCACCAAAGAUGGAGGUGACGCUCUAAACAAUUACUACACGUCGCUGCUCACCGGUGGGAGCUGCAUUCGAGGACACCACCAGAACGAGAUCCUGCAAACCGCCGAGCAAUCGCUCAAGCAAAUACUUUCGGAUCCAUUCUCGGGCGAGCUAAUGGACGAUGCCGUUAUAUUUCCCUGCGGUCACACGUUUGGAUCCGGGGGUAUUCAAAAGAUACAAGAAACUAGCUUGUGCCAGAUUUGCCAAGUGCCUACUCGUAUUGCAGAUGGAUCCAUAAACUUGGCAUUGCGAGCGGCUGUGCUGGCUUUCAGGCAUGACAGAGGUUUUCCGAAGUCUGGGGUCGUGCCCAAAGGAACAGCAGCGAAGCGGAGAAGAGAUCCGGAUGGCGAUCAAUCCGUGGAUGCCGGACGUCCGAAGGGCGUCCAGUUUCCUUAUGUUGUUAGUGACAAAGUCUUGAUCAAGGGAAAUAAGAGAACCCCAGAGAGGUUUGUUGGCAAGCAAGCGAUUAUUACGACACAGUGCUUAAAUGGAUGGUAUCUUGUGAAAACUCUCGAUAACAAUGAAAGCGUACGACUUCAGUAUCGGUCUCUACAGAAGAUUGAAGAUGACACAAACAACUGGCACCAAGACCCAGUGGCAGGGGACUUCCACUCCGUUGAGAUUAGUGCACAAACUGUUGAAAUAAGUUGAUCUGUGAACUGUCAAAUUCCUUUUAAUUAAUUAAGGAAUGGAAGUAUGCUUGGCAUAUGAAA